AUGGCCGCAUCAGGCACAGACGCUACAGCGGCCGUUGUUGUUUGUGGUGUAUGCCUAGGAAAUCAUGUAGACAACCUGAAUGUAUACGCUUGUGGUAUGUCAAUAGCCAAUUGCUCGCGAGAAGACGGCUCAACAGUUGUAUUCGAUGUUGCAGGCCAUGUUGUAUGCAGUGAAUGCCUUAGUACCCUUAAGAAACAACCCAGGUUCCAGAAGAUAUGCCCCUACUGUCGUGCCCCUUAUCAGACACCCCCGUACAAGCUGUUCGCCGACCUGGCUAUCGCGAAUGCAUCAAGCAAUCUGCUCCAAGAGACGCGUCAACGCGUCCUACGCACGAUCAAUGGUCUUGGAGUAGCAAGUACUCCCGAAGAACUUCGUCAGGCCUAUGCCGCUACCCAAAGACAUCGAGCGGUCAUACGAAACUUCGCGAGCGGCACAGAGGACGAAAACCUUCGACUCUGGGUUUUAGCCAUCACCGACGCGCUGGAUUCGUUGGAGGACAGGCUGCAUUAUAGCCUUCAGAAUCAAGACCUUGGCGAGAAAGUGCGGAGGCUCAAACGAGAAGCUGCUGCUCAAGCGCAAAAGCACGAGGCCGAAACUCUGAAGAUAAAGGCAAAGUUGUUGUCACAGGAGUCCGAACUGCAAAGGAGUACUCAUUUAACUGCGAAAUACAAGCAAAAACUCGAUUCUGCUACAGCUCAAGCGGCUGAAGCGCAGAAAUCGUUUUUCACAAUGGCCAGCCUGAAUACCGAACUGGAGACCAAACUUACUCAGGUCGAGCAAGAGCGACGCAAUUUUCACGCGCAACUGGCCGAGCACAAGGUCAAGGAGGCAAAGCAAAAGGCACAAAUUGGACAGCUCAAGCAGCAAAAAGCGGAGCUGGAGAAACAGAUAGAACAAAUGAAGCAGCUGUCCAAGUCGACCGGGAAACAACGCCAGUCGCCUGAUCUUGAUGAAUCACAAGGAAUUAUCGACCUGAGCACACUCAGCAGUUCGCCGCCAAUGCUCCGAUCGCACUCGGGCCAAGCGCGCAAGCGACCAAGGGCACCAGAUGAGAACCAGUAUCAACGAAACGCUGAAUUUACCCUCCUGCCGCCCCCGAAAUCUCGCGCAGCUGGUCCGUCCAGAGUCCCCAACGAACGACUGCAGAUGGUUACAAGGGACAAGCGUGUUGUUGAGGUUGUGGUCAAGGGAAAUAACAACCCUUCAAACUCUCGAUCAAUCGUACCCUUAUCACCUCAGAAGAAGAAGGACAAUGCGGGGGUUCAGCUACAACUAGGAGACUCUGGGCUCCUACUUGUGCCCAUGAAGAAACGUAAACUACGGGCAGUUUGA